AUGAGCGUGCCAACGAUUCAAGAGAAUGAACCAAUAAGAAAUAGAGAUCAACCUAGUACAAGUCGCAUUUCAACAAAGCCAAUGCCAACAAUGGCCCGUCUGAAUAAUCGAUUGAGUAGCAGUGUUGGAGAGGUUUUGCUUGAGGCAACAUCUGAUAUCGAAGAACUCAGUGAUUUGGAUAUAAUUCGCCCAUUGACUGCUUGUGGUGGAGAUCGAUCCCUUUCUUAUCUUCAAUAUGUUCACGAAAAUCAAGCAAGAAGAAUGAAAUCUCGGAGUGAAUGGUUCUUAUCUCCAGUUGCUUCCGCUAAAAAGACAUCUUCUAAAUCAGUUGACUAUUUCGGAUCUGUUGCAAUCGAAGAUAAACCCUCCCCGUUACCAAUUCCUAAACCAGCCAGAGCUCCUCUUCAGACAAGUUCAAAGUCCAAUAUUUCAAACAUUUCCGAUGAAAGUGUGCCAACAAGACGGAAAUCUCUGAAAAUGCAAAUGAGAGCAACUGCAUUUGCUGCUAAUCCAAGUCACUCUCUUGAUUAUCAAGAAGUUGGAGCAUCCAAUCCACGUCUUCGGAGUCAUACUUCUGUCGAAGAUGACUCAUGGCUUACAGAAGUAGUGCCACAUGAUGAAAUACCUAAAAAACGACGAAGUCUGAAAAAGAAGACGUCGACUCAAUUCUGA